AUGAGUCAGAAUCGAUUAAAUGGAUUUACUAUGCUUCAUAUUCACAGAGAAAUCGAUGUUCAAACUUCAGAAGUACUGUCAGUAUUGAGGGUAAAAAAGACCAAAGCGUCUCAACUUUAUAAUUUAAAAGAUUACACGAUUGUCAUGGAUGAAAAAUCUAAUGAAAAUAUUCUACAGAAUAUACAGGACAUAGACAAAACUAUUUUAAAGAUUACAGAAUGUAUACAAGUUCUACGAAAUAUCGAAAACAAAUUAAAUAUGAAAGAAAAUAAAACUUCGGACGAGAUAUCGACACUUCAGGAUUUAAAAAAAACAAUUGCUGUACAACUGAAAGAAUUGGACAAACAAUUUGAUCUCUCCAAUCAACUGAAAAUGGCAUUGGUGAACCAGACUUACAAAUUGAUGAGUAUAAAUUAUGGUGGCACUGUAGAUCAACUGAAUUUGGGAUAUCAGGAUCUAAUACCAACUUCUACUCAAAAUGUAAAUCUACACUUAAUUGAAUGAAAUGUUCACCAGACUGUAAAUCUUAACCACGACGCGUCGGUACUACCUCAGAUUAUGGUUAUGCAAUCAAUGAUGAGCUUCAAGGAUCCACAUACCGUUUGUCAAAGUUAUUGUUCAAUUCGAGAAUGUGAUUGUAAUGAUAAUUCUUGUUGUUGUAGUGUUUCUUCUAAUGCCACAAAUAUAAAUAUGUUAGAGGCACAAAGUUCAUACAAUGUGUAUAACUCACAAGAAGUUUGUCAACUAAAAGAACAACUUCAAAAUAUCGUCAAUGAAAAUCAAGAACUUCUUUUUAAAUACAAAUCUAUAACUGAACGUAAUAAUUUAUUGGUAAAAGCUUUGAACCGUCCCGCUGUAUUUAAAAAAAUAGAAGGAUGCAUAAGAUUUCCUGGAAAGAGAGAAAUGGAAGAAAAACUUUUAGGAUUUAAAACAGAAAUAUUACAAUUGAAUUCUGAAAUUAAAGAAGUACACAUAACUCAAUCAAAAUUAAAAUCAGUUAAAGAAAUUUUCGACCAAUUUAAUGCUACUAAUUGUCAGUGUGGAAGUUCUUCAUGUAACAACAUUAUUAAUACAAAUACUCAAGUCCAAAAACAAGAAAAUCGACAAAUUGAAUUGCAAAUAAAAGAGAAGACUAAUGAAUUGGAUAGUAUUGUAUUCUAUUAUGAAGAUAUCGUUAAAAAAAUUAACAAUAUUACUGAUACACGUAAUAAAUUAGCUGACGCUCUAGUAGAAUUAUCGAAAAAGAUAGAAGAGUACGAUUUGGAUGGUUUCAAAGAAUUAAUACAGGGUUUAAGCAAAAACAAUGAAGAUAUUGAGACAAUGGAAUUGAUCAUAAAAGAGCGUAGUAAUGAAAUUAAUGAUUGCAAAGAAAAGUUAAUACGAGUACAACUUGAAACCAAAGAUAUUACUUUAAAAACGCAAAAGUUGGAAGAUGCGAUGAAAAAUCUGUCAAACGAUUUCAAUGAAUCGUAUAAUAAAUUAGAAUUGGUUUACAAAGAACAGCUUGAAGAAAUGCUGGCAUUGCCAAAAGUUUUGAAAGAAACGCAUAUUAAGCUACAAGAAGAGACCGACCUAAGAGUAUUGGCAGAAGAAACGAUGAAUAAGCUUGAACGCGAUAUUAAACAGGUGGAAAGUUUGAAAAAUCCAAAUAAAAAGGACGAUGAAAAUAUGAACCAAGCAAUUAAAAACGAACAAUUAAAAAUAGAAGUCCAAAAUAAAAAUAUUGAAUUUAAAUUAAAAUCUCUCGAAGAAAACAUUCAGUUAGCUGCAGAGUGUUUAAAUAAAGAAACUCAAGAAUUAAAUACAGUAAAUCUACAAAUCCAAGACGCUAUUGCAGAAAGUACAAAACACAUAAACGCAUUCAAACAUUUUUCAGAAAUACAUUUAGAAAGAAUAGUUAACGAUUUGCAUAGAUUAAAAGAAAUUUGUAUAGAAUCACAAAGCAGAGAGUGUGCAAAAGUUCUCGUGAAAAAAUCGUUCAUGGAUCUUCUAAAAGAUAAAAUAACUUCAAUUUACCAUAACGUAGAGACGUGUAAGCUAGAAAUGCGUACUCUUUUGGAACAACCAAAUGAACAUUGCAUGGAACCAUAA